AUAACUUCCCGAUAAUGCGAGAGAAUAUUUUUCUUCUCCAUCUCAUUCUUUUCUGCUUUACCGUUAUUUCCUUCUUUCACUUCAACCACACUCUUUCAACUACAUUCGCUUAACUAUACGUUAAUCUUUGCCCUAUUAUUUUUCGGAUUUUUUAUUUAUUUUAUUCAGACGUCAAAAUGCAGCUCCUCAACUUUCCAACCACUCUCCUUCUCCUCACUUCCGCAGUGGCUGUGACCGCCGCUCCUGCUCAGUACGAUUAUCCUUCUUGUAGCUCGUUCUAUCGCACUAACUAUCUUCUAGGUCUUCCGAAAAAGCAGGAAUUGAAGCUCGUGACCCCAACGCGCCCAUUGAUAAAUUACUCAAGUCAACCGGAUACAGACCUUUCAACCCUGGCCACAUCAAGAAAACAACUCCAAAGGCAACUCGUCGUUCCGUAUCUCGUCGUGACACUGGAGCUAUUAAAGCUAGACAGUACCCAGCUCCUGCUCCUGCCUAUCCUGGCUAUGCCUACCCAGCUGCUCCGGCUUAUCCUGCCUACCCACAAGCCGCUGCACCAUAUUACCCACCGGCUGCUGCUACUCCCUACUCCGCUGAGGCUGCUGUUCCAGCAGAGCCAGAAACAGCCUCUGAAUCCGAAUCCGACCGCGAGGAGGCGGGUGAAAUCUCAUCUGGGGACGACCGCGAGGAGGAAGCCAAGAAGGAAGCCGAGAAGGCUGCUAAGGCUGCAGCAGCACCAGUUCGUCGAAGUCUUAACUACAGAUUUGUCGGCCGCCGUUCCGUGGCUCGUCGCGACAACAGAGCUGUCCGAGCUCGACAGGAGCCAGCGCCNCUGCAGCAGCACCAGUUCGUCGAAGUCUUAACUACAGAUUUGUCGGCCGCCGUUCCGUGGCUCGUCGCGACAACAGAGCUGUCCGAGCUCGACAGGAGCCAGCGCCAGAAACAGUCGACCCGGCGGGUCAGCCUAUCGAAGAGGACUCUGAUUUCUCUGAAUCUGAAUCUGAGUCCGAAUCUGACCGUGAGGAGGCGGGUGAACUCUCAUCUGCAUCCGAUCGUGAGGAGGCUGCUGAGAAGGCUGAGGCCGCACCAGUUCGUCGAGGUCUUAACUACAGAUUCAUCGGCCGCCGAUCUGUGGCUCGUCGUUCCACCAGGGCUCUCGCAGCUAGACAAGAACNCUGCAUCCGAUCGUGAGGAGGCUGCUGAGAAGGCUGAGGCCGCACCAGUUCGUCGAGGUCUUAACUACAGAUUCAUCGGCCGCCGAUCUGUGGCUCGUCGUUCCACCAGGGCUCUCGCAGCUAGACAAGAACCAGCACCAGAAACAGUCGACCCAGCUCCGGCUGAAGUAGACACUGAUAUCUCCGAAUCUGAAUCCGAAUCCGAAUCCGACCGUGAGGAGGCGGGUGAACUCUCAUCUGAAUCCGACCGUGAGGAGCAAGCCGAUGAGGAAGCCGAGAAGGCAUCUCAGUCUAUCACUCGUCGUGGUCUUAACUACAGAUUCAUCGGNACUCUCAUCUGAAUCCGACCGUGAGGAGCAAGCCGAUGAGGAAGCCGAGAAGGCAUCUCAGUCUAUCACUCGUCGUGGUCUUAACUACAGAUUCAUCGGCCGUCGAUCCGUGGCUCGUCGUGCCACUGGCGCUAUCGCAGCUAGACAGGAGCCAGGACCAGAGCCCAACGUCGAAACGGUUGAGGCUGAAGAGGAGAAGUCCUCUGAAUCCUCCUCCGAGUCUUCUGAGUCUGAGUCUGAGGAAACAGCCGCACCAGUCGUUCGUCGGGGUAUCAGCCGUCGUUCUGUAUUCCGCCGUGACACUGGGGUUAUCGCAGCUAGACAAGAACCGGAACCCAACACAGUCGACCCGGUUCAGAUUGAUACAGAGGACUCUGAGUCUUCUCUCUCUUCCGAGUCUGAGUCUGAGGAGUCAGGCCGCGCAAUUGCUCGUCGCGACUUUGGAGACAUUCAUGGAGGAGAUCCGUUAAUACACGCUGAGAAUGACGAGUCUGAAGCUGAGUCUGAACGCGAGGAAAAGGAGGAUGAGCUCAGCAGUGAGUCUGAAUCUGAAUAUGAGAACGCGCUUGACGGACCAGCUGCAUGA